AUGAUAUGGAGAUCGGACAAGAAGCACGCUGCGGUCGGCCGGAGGGAAAUGCAAUUGUUUUUGCUCGGUUUCGUCAUUAUUGAGAUCUGCGAGAUCUUCACAGUAGGCGGCUUCCCGCUGAGCGACGCAGUCCGAAAGGGGUUUUCUGCAGUACACAUUGCCGCGAUCACGGCGACUUGCUGGGUCCUUCUCAUGAAUGCACUUGUCGGCUUCCAGUUGCUUGACGACGGCACUGCAGCUUCCAUCGGUCUCAUCGGCGCAUCUGCUGCGGCCCUCUUCAUCGGGACAGGCUAUAUUGCCUUGGACACUGGAUUCGAUUGGACUGGCCGCUUCCAGUCAAGCUAUGAUGCGCCAAAUCGCAACAUCGCCCUCUAUGUUCUGUACCAGCUCUUCCCACUCAUCUGCGUUGUCUUGUUCUACCUCCUGGAAGCCGUCCUCGUGCUCCGGGUCCUUGGCGAGUUCCGACCAAUGCUGUAUCUCACCGGUGCUGGCUUGUUGUUCGCAAUUGGUCAGGUCUUCAACUAUGUGAUAAGCACCCACUUGUGCCAGGCCUCGGAUGGCAAGAUCAAUGGAGCUUUAUUCGAAACCCUCUUCACCCUCCUUUCUGUCUCCGGGGUCUGGGCCUUCUGGAGUAGUAUCACUGAAGACGACUGGCCUCUGCCCGUGGCUGGCGGUGGUUACAAUUGA